AUGUUUUCAUCGUUCGUGUCACUUGUUUUUUCAUUCUUGAUUUGGGCUGUAAUUUAUCAAGCACAUUGCAGAAAUGUUACUUUUGUUCCACAACCAAUUCACCUAACUGUUGAUGAUCUCCCACCACCGUAUGCUACACCCUCGGCUUCUAAAGAAGCUCGAAUCAUUUCUGUACCUGAAGAUCCUCUCAUCUACGUUCCUGAAGGAUUCACUGUGAAGGUAUAUAUGAUUGGUCUCACAUCACCGCGCUAUCUUAUUUAUACACCUACAAAUGAUAUUCUCGUUAGUGAACCGGAUGCUAAUCGAAUUUCUUGUCUAAUAGAUAAUGAUCGUGAUGGUUAUCCCGAUGAACGUGUUACGUUUGCUGAUGCAUCGAAUGGACUCAAUUAUCCAUAUAGUAUGGCUUUUGUCAAUGGAUACUUUUAUGUUGGUAAUAGAGAUGUUACUCGACGUUAUUUGUGGACUUCAGGAAGUCAAAAUAUCACCGGUACAGGAGAAAUAGUAAUGACUUAUAAUCCAAAUGGACAUAUUACAAGAACAGUUGUUAUAUCACCCAGUGGUGAUCGAGUGUUGGUAGGAAUUGGUUCAGCAACGAAUGUCGAUGCUGAUCCAUUACCUCGAGCUUCUGUUCAACAAGUGAAUCUCGAUGGUAGUAAUCAAACAACAUUUGCUUAUGGUCUAAGAAAUCCUGUUGGUUUAGCAUUUCAUCCAAUUACUAAUCAUUUAUAUGUGACAUGUCAAGAAAGAGAUGAACUUGGUGAUGAUCUUGUCCCUGAUUUUUUUACACGUAUUGAAGAGAAUGAUUUUUAUGGUUGGCCAUUUGCUUAUACGAGUGCAAAUUUGACUGAUCCCAGACGACGUCUUAGUAAUGGAACAAGCGAACGACCUGAUUUAGUAUCAAUAACAAAAACACCAAAUGUUCUUUUUGAAGCUCAUUCAGCUGCACUUGAUAUGCGAUUUUAUACAAAUAAUCAAUUCCCAAAUCGAUAUCAUAAUGGUGCUUUUGCAGCAUUUCAUGGUUCAUGGAAUAGAAAUAAUGGAACCGGUUAUAAGAUUAUUUUUAUUCCAUUCAAUAGUAGCACUAAUGAACCGAUGGGUUACUAUGAAGAUUUUGUGUAUGGAUUUCUAACGUAUCCGCCUGGACCUGACACAUUUGGACGUCCAGUUGGAUUGCUUGUUCUAAAAGAUGGUAGUCUUUUAUUCACUGAAGAUGGAAAUAAUCGCAUCUACCAAGUACAGUACAGCCAGACUCCUGUUACUACUACUACAAGUCCUACUACUGCUUCCGCAAGUUCUACUACAAGUCCUACUACUGCUUCCGCAAGUUCUACUACAAGUCCUACUACUGCUUCCGCAAGUUCUACUACAAGUCCUACUACUGCUACUGCAAGCUCUACUACCACUACUUCAAAUCCUACCACCACUAGUGGUAGUGGUGCUGAUGCUAAAACUGCCAUAUUCACAUUUUUUUGUUCACUCUUUUUAUCUUUCUGGUGUCUUGGCUUUUUCACUGCUAUAUUUAGUUAA